AAAGGAAAAGCUCCAGAUGGGAAAGCCAAAAAUUCGAUCUUUCUGGUUCUUAUAGCUAGUGCAAGAGAGAGAGAGAGAGAGAGAGAAUUGGCGAAAACCCGAUUCUGCAAAUUUUCUUGGACAAUGGGGGUGGAAGCACCCGGACGUAAGCUUGGAAGAGAUGGUGAAACUGGUGAAGGGGUUCGCGGAUAUCCUCAUCCUCCCAUCUGGGUACCAGUCUUCUGGCCUUUUGGCCCACUGGGACCAGCAGAACGUCACCAAAGCCUUUCAGUGGGGCCUCUUCUUCGAACAAGUGUUCAAGUCUUUCAGCUGUUCGGAGGACUAUGAUGAGUCCCUGCAAGAACUUGAUAAAGCUCUCUCUGUGAUAGUGGCGGACACUUCUUUCCCUCAGGGUCUAGCGAAACUAUCCUCUGGUACUCUGAGUAGAGCUAGAGACCUCGUGCUCGAGCAGUUGGUCCAUAGCUUGCCGUUAAGAGAUUCAAAUCUCAGAUCACUUCUCUGUUCAACCAUUCGGAUGGAUCUCAAUGUCCUUUCACGAGAAGAUCCUGAUCGCCUCAGCAGAUACUUGGACAAGUUGAGCCUGCAGAAUACCUCUCGACUUAUUCAUGACAGCAAUAGUUCUGAGAAGUUUUCACCAAUUAAUCACACUGACAUAGCAAGUAAUGCGACUGAAAAACGUACCAAGCAGAAUGGGACAAGCUCUUGCAUCCAAGAGCUUCUGAAAAGGCAGUCUGCUAUUUCGUGUGUAUUGUCUGCAGAGAAAAGCUUGGCUGUUAUCUCUAAAGCUGUGGGUAGCAGUCAGCUGACUUGGUGUGACCAAAGCAUUGAUAUGGAGCAUCCGAUGCACGAUACAGCUUCAAGGAAUAAAGAUCAAUUGGAUGAGGUAACAAUUUGGUAUCACUGGAAAACAAGGAGCCUCACGUAUUUCAUUGAUAAGAGAACGAUCAGACUGGUAUCUGGUGCCAGCAUGAUGUUUGCUGCUUCUCCAAUACAGUGGUUGCAAGUUUUUGAACGUAUGAAUAUGUCAGAAGGAAGAAAUUUUGGCAGUUUGUCUGACAAAAUAGAACUUCUUUUAUUAGGAUGUGUUACCAGAAGAUGGAGUUUAGUAAUUAAACAUCUUCAGUCAGUUAAUUGGGAUUCCUUCACUAGCUCACAGAGAUUCUCAGAAGUUUGCAACUUGCUUUCAGGAAGACCUCAAAACUUAAUUUUGAAAGAGAGCAUGGAGCACUCAAAGGAAGGCAGCAUCCUUGAUUAUCUUAUGAAAUUAUUGGACGGUCAAGUUCAUCUGCUGUGGAUGGUACCACCUGCUCUUUUAGCAGUUGCAGUUCCUUCCUGGUCACCUCUAUUCAGAUUUUAUGUGAGCCAGAUUGAGAUUCAGCUUAAAGAAGAUUCUCCGAUAGUAAGAUGUUGUAGUUGCUUUCAGGAAAGGAAGGAGCACAAGGAUUGUGAACUUGCAGAGAGGAUAUGGUGUCUUCAUAUCUUUCACAUCCGUGGGCCUCAGUUGUGGCUUUGUGGCAAUGGUGAAUGAGGUUAGUGCUAAGUGAAAGCUUCUUCCCUCCAAGUGUAGCUGCCCCGACCAGUUGAGUGUGUUAGCAGUCUUCAUACAAGGAAAGUUUCACCUACAAAUAGCUUUUCAAGUGGUCCUUACGAAGAUUUUUGGCUGAUAAGUCAGUUGGCCACAAGCAUUUUGACACUCAGCUUUUGCAAUUUCUUGUUUGUGGUACAAAUAUCCGGUUCUAGAUGUGCACUCGUGUCAGCUUGGGUGGAUAAUGAUAUUUGAAUAUUGAGUUCCAAAUUCUACUUUCAGCUUCAAACUUUCAUUUAAGUCCUCAAGCUACUAUCCAUCAGGAGGCAACGACCGGUGGGCUUUAUGAAUUUCCUGGCGCUGACCUGGGUUCGAGUCCCGGAGAGCCAACCUUCUGACCUGAUCUCAAGUCUCAGAGAGAUUAACCAUUUGAAGCCUAAUGGUCAAUGCAACACCACCUCAAGGCCAUCUUUUCCUGCCUCUAAAAAAGGUUGUCCUCAGCCUUCCUAGUGUUAGCUUCUUUGGUUCGGAAUGCCAGUGACUGAGGUUGACGUUGUAUGAGAGGGAGCUCAUCUUCAGUAUGUAAACUUAUAGUGCUACAUUCGUUGGUGACUUGAUGAAAGGUUGCAGAAUCCUGCUGUAUUCAACCAGUUCUGAUUCGGGUAUGUAUAAAAUGUAGUCAUGCCAGCAUGUUGUCAUUAUGAUAUAUUUCAAAGGGUGGAAUUCUUUGCAAUGUUCUACCACAUGUAUGAUGCCAUGAUGUCAUGGUGCAUAAUCUCUUUCUGUAGAGCUAGCUAAACAGCCGGUGCUAUGCACGAAGGAAUUGGUAGAUUCA